AUGAAACUUUUGUCGACAUGGAGUCUCGUGCUCUAUGCAUCGCUAGUAUUGACAAAGUACCCGACUAUCGCUCUUUCUUGCUGCAAGGUGUCGGGUAGAAAUCAAGGCGCUCCAAAAUCGUAUAAUUCCUCCAGCGAUGUUUCUGAUUACAAUGAAUCCGAACGGGGUCCAUUUCGGAAGGUGACAUCAUUGCAAGCCCGUGUCCAGGGUGACAUGCCCGUGUGGAAUACCGACUAUCAGCGGUUUGUCUCGUCCUACUACGAUGCAAUCGACGAAAAAUACCGUGCUGUUGUUGACACAGUCAACAUGGCAGCCGUGGAAGGUGCACUUAAGUACGUACAGGCUGAGUGUAUCAAUGCUUCCGUGGUGACUGACAACUGUGAGCGCAAGAAUAAUAUCAAGUACAUCGUCUUUUACCAGACGACAGUUGUGCAGCCUAUUGCUGCCAUGGAAUAUUAUGCUAAUGCCACGGACGAGCACAGCUUCGCCCUUGAGCACUGUCCAUUCAUGCCCCUGGACGGUGGGCGAUGUAACCCCAAAGAAGAUGGCUCCUUCUCCGAUGAAUGCAACCAGUACAUUGGAGCAGCAGGUCAGCCAGAUUUGGGCUUCUGCGUUGGUAGUACGCUGCAAGAUAAUGAAGCUAUCGCGCCGUACCCGCACAACUACUGGUUCUCUUUUCCUAAUAGUUGCCCUCAGGAGCUUUGGGAUCACAAGACCGAGUCUUGUCGCAAGAAGUACGCAGGUGGCUUGUGUGCUCCCGGAGUAGAGCCAGAUGGAGUGACCUGCACAUUUUCGUACGACAUUCUGGGCUAUAUUUUGUUGGACGAUGUUGUGAGAAUCACUUCCAUGAUUAACCCGAACACAGGAAACACAUAUGCCAACUACUCCGAGUUCUGCAAGGCUGGAGAGGUAGAAUUCAGUGUCAUGGUAUUUGGUGAUGAGAUUACGUGGCUUCAGGGGAUCGACUUUUGGGCCGAUCCAGGUGAUAGUCAAGCCAAUGCCGAGCGAGCAGAAAAAGUCGUAGCCGCUUACAGCGCACUAGUUGCGGAGGACCCGACGACUAGUGAUGGGGGAGUCAUGCGGCGACUAGUCACAGCAGACGAGCUGACGGCAAUUAAUCCUCCGUGCCACCAAAACAGUGAAAUAUGUGCCGAUGCCAAGUUCGGGUGCAGACGGUUAUACCGCUCGCAGAUAUGCAAUGUCUGCAUGUCGGCCGACUCGGGUUGUGUGAAAUCUUGCUAG